AAGCAAAUUGGAAUGUCAAAUUAUUUUCUGACGUCAAUGUACAAAAUCUUGUUUUUAUUUUUGUUCAAGUUUUUGUGAUAUAUUUGGAGCGACCUUUGUGUACUUAUCCUGAGAAGAAUCAUACCCACCCCACAAUUAAUUACUAUACUCCGUCGCAGUUUCGUCAGAUCCUCGGUCGAUGCUCCGAGACGCGGUUGUGUGAAUAUUAUUUUUGAUGAUAUUGGACGAGUGUUUCGAUGACAUGGCCCCGACCAGGCGCGGGAGACAGGGAGUCAGCGACGCUGACGACGAGUCCGAUUACAGGAGUAAGAGGGACGACGACUACAUAAAUAAAAGAGCCAGAAACAAUGAGGCAGUAAAAAAGAGCAGAUUUAAAUCAAAGCAGCGGACACAAGAAACAUUCACUCGGGUUAGCAAGUUGAAGGCAGAGAAUCAAGUCCUGGAAGAGAAGGUGAAGACGCUGACCAAAGAACUACAGUUCCUCAAAGAACUGUUCCUUGCACAUGCAUCCAAUGCCCAGAACGCCAAGUUUGACGGGAUCGACCUUGAGAAACUUUUGGAGGAUAUUCCUGAUGAUAAAGAGGGUAGUAGUAAGAAAUAGAUAGUUUUACAUAGUUCUAGUAGGUCCAUAGUGAUAAUGAACUGACAGGGUUGUGCAGGUAAGAUAGAUUUGGGCUGACAUUAAAAUUUGAGCAAUUGAGGCAUGCAAACCUUUUUUUUUUUAAUUAGUUUUACGUUUGACCAUUGGUAUAAUGGCAAACAAAGAUCAACUUCAUAGUUUUUGUAUAAGAUAUUGCUAGGCUUUAAAAAAAUUGUAUAGUGUGGUCUGGAAGUAUUGAAUUGAUUUUGUAAGCUGAAAUAUUUCUGAGUGCUUAAACUACAUUAUGAUAAUCUAAGUACAUGCUAACAGUGUUGCUAGAGGAAAGUUGAAAGAAUUUUAAGAACUGAAAAUUUUGAAUAAUCCUAAAGCAAUUUUGCAGCCCAAAUAUAUUUUGUCUUCAAUGCCAUAUGAAUCAAUAUUUUAUGCAAUUUUAAUUCAAUUUAAUUUGGUAGCUGAAUACUUUGUGACGUGUACAUGGUCUGGUUUGUCUUUGAUCAGCAGUUGUGUGCAUUUAUUAUAUUAUUUAUACACUCAGAAGUUCCAUUGACUGUAACUAUAGUAAAAUUAACCCAUUCGUAUUCGUCAUUGGCCUUUAGCUUGAUAGAUUUCUUUAAUCUACUCACAUUACCAUUUACCAACAUUUUAUUUAAUCUUCUCUAUUAUCUGGUUUGUUUUAGUCAAAGCAAAUCCAGUGAAUGAAUUAAUUGUGAGUGAAUGAUGUAGAAAUUAAUAUUUCUAUGACUUGUACAGCAAAAGUUUGCUAGUGAUGAAGCUUGGCAAAUAAAACCAAAUUUAAAACAGAUAAAUACAGUUUGAUAGGAAAGAAUUGAUCGGCCUAAUCUAGAAUGAUACCUCACAUCACAACACUGGCUUCUGUACUUAGACAGAUCUUAUUUGUAAUGUGUAUUGAAGCUUUUUUUUCUUAAUUUAAACUAUGAUCAGUACACUAGACUAUAAGCGUGUGUAGAUGUGUCAGGAGCCAGUGUCACAGCCUCCCACUUUGUACAAUGUGACUUCUCUUCAGUCGUUUCACUUUUUCGAGGUUAAGGGUGGUAUUAAUAAACUAAUCUCAGCUGAGACUGCCCUCAAGACCAUGUUCAAGUCCCUGUUUUUAUAUGAGAACUGUCACAUUGACGCGAUCUUGAGUGCAGUCUGGAAGCAACAACAACUCAACAACAACAAAACAACAACAACAAACAACAACUCUAAAAGCUCUUGACGCGAGGGGAUUUGAAUUGAAGCUAUUGUAAAAUAUUAUCUAUAUUGAAAUAUAGAC